GUCAUGGUGUGGGGGAUCCAUCCCGCCUUGUAUCAAUGGUUCAGGCUGGUGGCUGGUGGUGUCAUGGUGUGGUGGAUCCAUCCAGCCUUGUAUCAAUGGUUCAGGCUGGUGGUGGUGGUGUCAUGGUUGUGGGGGAUCCACCUUGCCUUGUAUCAACGGUUCAGGCUGGUGGUGGGUGGUGUCGUGGUGUUGUGGAUCCAUCCUGCCUUGUAUCAAUGGUUCAGGCUGGUGGUGGUGGUGUCAUGGUGUGGGGGAUCCAUCCUUGCCUUGUAUCAACGGUUCAGGGUGGUGGUGGUGGUGUCAUGGUGUGGUGGAUCCAUCCUGCCUUGUAUCAAUGGAUCAGGCUGGUGGUGGUGGUGUCAUGGUGUGGGAGAUCCAUCCUGCCUUGUAUCAAUGGUUCAGGGUGGUGGUGUCAUGGUGUGGGGGAUCCAUCCCGCCUUGUAUCAAUGGUUCAGGCUGGUGGUGGGUGUCAUUGUGUGGGGGAUCCACCCUGCCUUGUAUCAAUGGUUCAGGCUGGUGGUGCUGGUGGUGGUGGUGUCAUGGUGUGGUGGAUCCAUCCUGCCUUGUAUCAACGGUUCAGGCUGGUGGUGG